AUGCCUCAUGGAUGGUUGCACCUGUCGCUCCCACUGCUAGUUUUGUUUUUUGUGCUUCCCUCAGAAAGCCUGGAGUGCAAUCUGGACGGCGGGGAGUACGUCGAAGAGUAUGUGUUAGUCUUCAGCAUUGAGACCUGCCAUGCCUGUCCUCUUGGGAGAUUCCGGCCUCCGGAACCACCUUGCGCAUCGUUAUCCGAAAACAAGCGGGAAUGUUCAAAAUGCGCUCCGUGCCCCGAGGGUUGGACCACCAAACAGAAGGCAUCUGUAAGGCAGGAACAGUGUGACGUGGAGUGGAACGCAACAUCCUUCAUGCACUGGCUAUCCAUUUGGAUAGUGGAUGCGUUUCUUGCCUCGCUGAUUGUCCUUGUUCCCUGCUGCUGUGUGGUGUGCUUCUGCUGCCGACGUUAUGGAAAAGACUCUGCAAAGUCAGUGGUCGAAAGUACAAGCAACGAGGUCAUAGUUGGGGCCCGAGAUGCUGGCCGGGCUAGCCGUCAUGGCUCCAAGAGUUCUGUUCGCCCUGAUCGUUUGGAUGCAGCCGAGUCGGGAGAAGCCAGGCAUGGAUCUAAAGGCUCCGUGCGAAGCAAUGUCCUGACAAUAACAAGUGUCAGAGAAAGUCGAGAAGGAUCAAAAGCUUCAGCUCGGCCAGGCGUUGUCAGCUCCAGCAACGUUUUGACUGUUAGCACCUACAGCGGAAGCAGGCAUGGCUCCAAAGCCUCCGCUCAGCCAGACAUGCGGAGCAGUUCAAGCAACUUGCUGACUGUGGGUGUUCCCGACAGAAGGCAAGGCUCCAAAAAUCUGCGGCCAGAUGCGAGCCAACGUCACACCAUAGGUAACUGUGCAGGGCCCAGAAACGUGCGCAUUGUCGAUCCCCCGGACAUUGAUGAGGAAGAGCUCCACCGUUGGGCUUUUCCUUCGCCGAAAGAGGCGCCAGCUGAGCAGCUCCCUAGUCAUGGGUCAUCCCGUGGCUACAUGUCCGUACAGGACAUUAGCUAG